GACGGGCUGUGCCCGAGCGGACCCUGUGACUCAGGGUUCUCCCUCGCACCCCCUCCCGCAGCUCGGUUUACUGGACGCGCAGGUGCACUGGGCUCCGGGGACUCCAGAUUUGGUGGCAGUGAUGGGAUCCAAAGUGAAUUUGUGGCAGCGUCUGGAGACAACAAGAAAAACAGGCCUCAGACAUCUUCCCUUUGGAUCCUCUGAGCACCUACAGCUGGACUUCAUUCAUCUCCCACUUCAUAUGGGUGAUCAAUAUGUUCUUGUGUUUGUAUGUUUUUCCAGGUUAAAGAAGGCUCACUGGUUUCCCAAUUCAAAGGAUUCUGUUGAUCACAGUUUAGAGCCUGAUGAUGAGGUAUUCUGAAAAUAUUAUCAAAGAAAGACAGCCCUUGAGCCCCAUUGAAAGAGACUUUACCAAGUGCCCCUGAUGACCAAUACUGCUGCAAAAGUAGAAGGCAUUGAGCCUUGGGUACAUACAUCACAGCUGAAGGAGGUCCCCAUGAUCCCUCCAUAGAUGCUGGAGAUUUCCAAAUCAAAUUGGCAAGGAAGAGAAGUAGCUGGCAUUGAGGCAAACUGCUUCUGCCCAAGAUGACGGAUCAAGACUUUGUACUUGAAGUAAACAUGAAACCCUUUCUCUUUUUCCUUUCCUUGAUUCUGGCAUUGGCCAGAAGGAUAAUGCUCUCAUUUGUAUUUCCCAGGCCAUAGCUAAAGGGGUGACCUCUGGAACUGAAAGCAACCUUUUAUUUCAGAGAAGGAGAAAAUCUAACUAUGCCUCUAAAUGUUUACAAGCUAAAGAAGACAUCUCAUUGGUCAGUUCCCCAAAUUUACAUCAUGGAGUUAGAAAGGAGCCACUGGAAGGGUUUUAGUCCUUUUGGCAGGUCCCUACUUCUCUGGUUAGGAAUAAAUGUAAAUUAAGACUAUAAUCAGGAACUUUCCCUUGAUUCUUAAAGUUAUUGAAAAAUCUGCUGCCAAAGCAAUAGUGACCAGCUUUUUUCUUACAGUUUCCAUGACCACAGAUCUUAGACAUAAAAUAAACAGGGUUCUAUGAAUAGAACAACAUUGGAAUGGCUUAGAUCAUAAUGUUCCAUCACCAGGGUAACGUUCCAGUAGGCUGAUGCAAACCAGUGGACUUCAAAUAGGCUUCGGGUUGCUGUACAGUAAAGUUCUAAAAUUUUGGGAACAGAUCGAAGCUCAACCUUCACCGCGGAGCCAAGCCCAGUCAGACCUUUAAGCCAGAAACCAAGUUCUCAGGACAGUAAGAAUCACUUGAUGUUUAGUUUGUCAGCAUAAUGACUUCCAAGAGAAGAACCAGUGAAAUAAUUAGAAAGCUCAAAGAAGGCAAACGCUGUCUCCUGGAGGAGAUCAAUGAAAAGCGUGAAUCCAACUGCCUUGUGGAAAGAAGCAAUCAAGUCAGUUCACUGAGAGUUCAAAAGAGGCAUUUCAGUGGUGCAUACACGUCUUCUACUCACACCCAAAGCAAAGAAUCUGUCCCUGAUAGUGGCAGGAGCUCCUGGGUCACACUGAGUCUCCUUGUUCACACGGAGAAAAGGCACUUUCCCCCCAAAAGUAAUGCCAUAUUUGGAUAAAGUGCAUCUCCAGAGACACAGAAAUAUAUUCCCUUUGAUCCUUCUCUAAUGUCUGAAUAUUAAUUAUUAAAGAAUUAAAAAAAA